AUGAGCCCUUGCAAACGGGCUGCCUGGCUGCCUCCAGCUCUGCUCCUUCUCUGGCUCCCAGGCUGUGUGACACUGAGCGGCCCCGGGACGGUGAGUGGCCCUGAGGGGGGAUCCCUGAGCCUGCAGUGUCGGUAUGAGGAGAAAUUCAAGAAUAAUGACAAAUACUGGUGCAGAGAAUCAAUACUCACAACAUGUAAGAAGAUUGUGGAAACCAAAGGGUCAGAGAGAACAGUCAGUAAGGGCCGAGUGUCCAUCAGGGACUUUCCUGAGCAGCUCAACUUCAUGGUGACCAUGUGGGACCUCACAGCGGAGGACGAUGCUGUGUACUGGUGUGGCAUUGAUAUAAAAUGGUGGGAUGAUAAGUUCAUUCUACUUGAUUCCUACUUCAAGGUGGUGGUAUGUGUGAGUCCAGGAUGGGUAGCUGAGACCAUGCUGGAGCUGCACCGGGCCCUGAGGGCCAGGGAGAAGCUGCGAUCAGGGCUCCCCGUGCUGCUCUCGGUGGUCAUCAUCCUGCUGCUCCUACUGACCGGGACCUCCCUGGUGGCCUGGAGACUGGCCCGGAGACGGCGGAAAGCUGCCAAGAAUGUAAAGACCUCCCACAACCACAACCAGCCUCAGCCCCAGCUCCCUGAGCCGAGUGAGCCGUGUUACGAAAACCUGGCGCUUCAGACCUUGCACACAUCAGGCAGAGCUCCCAACGAGCAGAAUGUGGAGGUGGAGUACAGCACAGUGUCUAAACCCAAGGAAGAGCUUCAUUACACUUUGGUGAAGUUCACUGGCCAGAAUCAGGAUUCUGAAGCCACCAGGACUCCUUCCAGGAGUCCCAGGGAAGAACCAGAAUACAGCGUGAUAAAGAAGAGAUAA